AGGGUGAGUGAGACCAUGCGGAGAUGGAGGGCAGCUGGAAGGGCAUCCUGAUCAUGCUGGGCAUCCUGGCUGGGCUGGCAGGUUCUGGAUCCAGUUCUGAAAUCAUAGAAGGUCCUAAGAAUGCAACGGUCCUGGAGGGCUCGGAGGCCCGCUUCAACUGCACUGUGUCCCAGGGCUGGAAGCUCAUCAUGUGGGCGCUCAAUGGCACGGUGGUUCUGAGCAUCACGCCCACGGAACCUAUCAUCACCAACGACCGCUUUACCUCUGCGAAUUACGAGGUGGGCGGUAACUUCAUCUCUGAGAUGAUAAUCCACUAUGUGCAGCUCAGUGAUUCCGGGCAUAUCAGAUGCAGCCUCCAGAACAGCAACCGGGACGGAUCUGCUUUCCUUUCAGUCCAAGUUAUGGGAGAGUUGCUCAUUUCCAGUGAUAGUCUUAUAGUCAUUGAGGAUGAACCUUGUAAUGUUACUUGUCGAGCAACAGGCUGGACCCCACUCCCGAAUAUUUCCUGGGAGAUCGGUGUCCCGGUGAGCCAUUCAAGCUAUUAUUCUGUUCCGGAGCCUGGUGACCUCCAAAGCACAGUGAGUGUCCUGGCUCUCACGCCACAGGGCAACGGGACUUUGACUUGUGUGGCUGACAUGAAGAGUCUACAGGCCCGCAAGUCUGUAACUGUAAACCUUACUGUGGUUCAGUCUCCCCUGGGCAAUAUUGAUAAACCAGGUACGUCAUUGCCUACCUGGGCCAUAAUUCUACUUGCAGUAUCAUUUUCAUUGCUGUUGAUCCUGAUCAUUGUUCUGAUUAUAAUAUUCUGCUGCUGUUGUGUGUCUGGGAGAGAGAAAAAAGGGGAAUCUAGUUAUCAAAGUGAAAUAAGGAUAUCUGCAAAUGUGAAAACAAACAAAGGAACUUCUGAGACGAAGUUAAAAAGUGGAAACGAGAACUAUGGAUACAGUUCAGAUGAACCAAGGACCACACAGAUUGCUUCCCUCCCACCCAAGUCCCAUGAAUUCAGUGUUCUGGAACAACAUAGCAGGAGCCAUCCUCAUCAGGAACCUGAUCGACAUCGGCCCAGCCCAGCAAGUCGUCCACAGGUUUCUUUUAAUGUGGCCAGUCCUAGGAGGGUCAGGAAUGUAACUCUAGUAUAGUAGAGACUUCCCGGGUUUCCGUCUUGCACUGUGGACAACUCACAACACAACGAUAUCAUCGUUCCUCCUCAUCCUAAGACGGGGCUCCAGCUUGGCCAGCGUUACCCAAACAGACGAUCUCAGAAUCAUCAAAACUGAGAUUUUAUAGUGAGAGGACAAAUUGAUUUUCCUAGGCUUCAAAGUCAAAUUACACUUUUGAAAUGUUUCGAGGUUUUAGUAAAUUCCAUAAAGUUACUAAGUAACGCUGCAAAUUCAUCACAGUAAUGUUUCUCAUAAUGCAACACUCCUGCUUGGUGACCCACUAAGUGGUAGAUAAAUCUGUAUUCUACCAUGACUUUAAAAAUGUCUUUAUUAUUUUAAAUCAUAUUAAGAUGUUAUUUAAGGAUAUUUAAUAUAUUGGGGGCAUUAUUGCAAUUAUCAGUGAAAUAAGAGGAUAAAAAUUAGGAUCAAUCAGAAAUCUAAAACUGGCUGGCAAAUUGGAGCUCAUAGGCUAAAAAUAAGAUUAAAUUUGAAUGCUGAUGCACAUGUUCCUGAAUACCUCAUGAAUGGAUAUCUACGUGAAGACAUUCAUUUUUAUCUCCUCCCUUAUCAGUCCUGUUCUCAUCACCUCAAAUGAAUUAGCUGUAGAUUAUGCUUUGUAAGAGAUGGACUUUAUUUACUACAAAUAUUAUGAAAAAAUGGGAAAUGCGAAAUGUGUUUUUUAAUAAAUAAAAAAGA